CAACAAUAAGAAAAAGACUGGAAACAUGGCAUCCAUGGGAAGGUUACAGGGUCAAAGUUCCAGGGUCAAAACCUGGACGGCUUGCUGUACUUAAUGAAACCAUGAAUCCUGCUCUCUAGUAGAAAUUGUAAAGGAGAAUGGUUUGUCACCUUCAGCUUAAGCACAGUUAGGUUAUGCAGCAGGACAAAGAUCCAAAGCACAGCAACAAGUCUACCUCUGAAUGGGUCAAAAAAAAGGAAGUAUUUGGAGUGGCCUAGACAAAGUCCGGACUUGAGAUUUGUUUGAUGAUCCCAAGCAUUUAAGAGUGACAUAAAAUAACCAUAGAAGAAAUUGUGUGAAUUUGACACUGUAUAUGGGGGGACAUUAAUUUCUGCCUAGGGCCUCAUACAAACAAUCUAGUUAUAUGUAUUCAGUCUUUAGAUGUUAGUAUAGCUAAACAGUGGCUUUAUUUUUAUUGUUUUAUUUUAUUUUAUUCCAAAUAAAUUUGAGUGUUUUGCACUGGAGAUUCUUCUAGUCUUAUUCGGGGUAUUUUCAUCGUGGUGAACAGAUAAGACACUGAGGUAUCAUCAUCUCUUCAGUGGCUGACAUCCGUCUGCCAGACAGACGGUGCCUUUUCUGUCACCUCCUCCUCCUCUGAUCUGGUGCAGGCUUAUCUGUAGUCCGUUUCCGUGUUGGUCCAGGCAGAAGGAAGCUCGCUGCUCCUGACACCCAAACUCGCUUACCCAGAAGCCACCGCGCCGCCUCAACUUACAGACCUGGCUAAGGGCUCCGGGAGUGUUUCCCAUUUAAACAAACAGUGCCGAAGAUGGCGGAGAGUUAAUAGUGUAAAGAAGAAAUUAUCGAUCCGGGAGGGAGAUAACGCUGUUUCACAGAGUCAAUUGAUCAGCCUGAAUAGGAAAACACUCCCAGAGUCAGGGGAGGGGGCAUCUGACCGUCUGUCAUCUUGGCGCCAUCACAAGCAUCUAUGCUUGAGGUUUGAUUCUUGGAAAGUGGAGUAGCUUGUUUUAAAAAAAAUGUGAUGGGGUUGGUGGUAGAGGCAGGAAAACAAACAAAGAGAGUUGACUACUUUCAGACAGUCGAGAAAAUAAGGAAGGAGGUGGAAAACAGCAAGGGGACAGAAGGAGAAAUCAAAUUAUUCUUUGUGCUCUACCUGCCACAGCAGCUGUAGGAGAGCAUUCAUCUCCCCCACCCCAUCCCCAGUCUGCAGGUGCGGAUAUGUGCACACGAUGAGCGGACUGGGGGAGAACUCCAUGGAGCCUCUGAGCUCAGAAAACCGCAAACGCAAACUGUCCACUUGCGACACGCCCGGUCUGGGGUGUGAGAGGAAGCGUCGGGAGCAAGAGAGCAAAUACAUCGAGGAGCUGGCUGAGCUGAUCUCGGCCAACCUCAGUGACAUCGACAGCUUCAACGUCAAACCGGACAAGUGUGCCAUCCUCAAAGAGACCGUGCGCCAGAUCCGCCAGAUCAAGGAGCAAGGGAAAGCUUCAUCCAAUGAUGACGAUGUUCAAAAAUCAGAUGUGUCCUCAACCGGCCAGGGGGUCAUUGACAAGGACCAUCUGGGGCCACUUCUUCUGCAGGCUUUGGACGGCUUCCUUUUCGUGGUGAACCGGGAGGGCAGCAUCGUGUUCGUGUCUGACAACGUGACCCAGUAUUUGCAGUACAAGCAGGAGGAGCUUAUCAACACCAGCGUGUACAACAUCCUGCAUGAGGAGGACCGGGAGGACUUUCACAAGAACCUGCCUAGGACCAACAUAAAUGGCGUGUCGUGGGGGAACGAGGCUGCUCGACAGAAGAGUCACACCUUCACUUGCCGGAUGCUGGUCAAAUUUGGCCACACCCACGGCCCAAUGGAGGAGGGGCCAGGAGGACCACGCUACGAAACCAUGCAGUGUUUUGCUCUCACUCAGCCCAAGGCCAUGAUUGAAGAAGGAGAAGAUCUUCAGUCAUGUAUGAUCUGCGUGGCCCGUCGAGUCACAGCCAUGGAGAGGACCGAGAGUUUCAGCACACGACACGAACUGUCAGGUAAACUGAUUCAGAUCGACCAGAGCUCUCUGCGGGCAUCGAUGCGUCCGGGUUGGGAGGAUUUGUUGAGGCGCUGCAUUCAGAUGUUCCUUCAACACAGCGACGGGCAGCCGUGGUCGCACAAGCGCCACUAUCAUGAGGCUUUUCUCCAGGGUCACGCCGAGACCCCCCUGUACCGCUUCUCCCUAUCUGACGGCACCCCAGUAACGGCCCAGACCAAGAGCAAGCUGUACCGACACCCCAUGAGCAACGAGCCCCAAGGCUUCAUCUCAACUCACCUGCUACAGAGGGAACCCAACGGCUACCGCUCAACACCAGGCGGUAACAUGAUGUCCAACACCAUGAGACAACAAGGCAUGGGUGGUGCCAACAUGAACCCCCAGAUCAAUGUGAAUGCAGGCGGUGGGAUGGGGAUGGGAGGAAUGGGCGGCAUUAACCGGGGCUUUGGCAUGAGCGAGCAGGGUCACAUGGGUCACAUGGGUCCGAUGGGAGGCGGCUCUGUGUACGGAGGGAAUGGUGGAGGAGGAAGUGGCAGUGGAGGCCUGGGCAGCCGCAUGAUGCAGAUGAGUCAGAUAAAUCAUAUGGGUCCCGUGAAUCACCCCGGUCCAGGCAUGCAGCCGCACCCACAGCAGCCUCCGUUUCAGAGCACCGGUGGCUUCGGGCUCAGUGGAAUGAACAGUCCAUCGGGGAGCCCCAGAAUGGGUGGCCCCCAGCAGGGACUGCUAAUUUCCCCUCGGAACCGAGGAAGCCCAAAGAUGGGGGCCAACCAGUUCUCACCUGCAGGUAUGCACUCUCCUAUGAGCGGCCUUGGCAGUGGAGGAGGAGGCGGGGGCAGCACCUGCACCUUCUCUAGCAGCUCUCUUAAUGCUCUACAAGCCAUCAGUGAAGGAGUAGGGAGCUCACUUCCCUCCACUCUUAUGUCACCCUCACCAGCUCACAAACCAGACAGCUCUCCCAGCAUCCAUUCAUCUUCCCAACCCAGUCAUCAGGCAAAACCAGGACAAGAUUGCUCUAAAAGUCCGGCCAGGGGCUUAGGACUUGGGCCAAGUGACCAUCACAUCCCAGUGCACCACCACCAUCAGCAUCCUCAAGCUGAGAAUUCUGCAGAGCGACCGGACAUUCAGGCAGCUACAGGAGCUAAAGAGUGUGGAGAAGCAAGCAGUGAGGCAGGGGUGGCGAGCGCCGACCCCCCUCGGAGGCUGCCAGACAGUAAGGGACACAAGAAGUUGCUGCAGUUGUUGACUUCUCCAACUGAGGAGCUGGGGAUAAGUGGAAAUGGACCCACGGGGCCGCCUGGACCCCCUCCACCUAACAGUACAGGCACUCCUGCAGGCUUGGAGAGCAAGGAAACCACCGGAGGAAUGACCAGCCCUUCAUCUACUGGUGUAUCCUCCUCUUCUGCCGCCAGUGGCAGCUCAGGGCCAGCAGCCGGCCAAGGCAAUGCUUCGGCGUCCGCUCACUACACAGGAUCGCUGCAAGAGAAGCACAAAAUCCUCCACAAGCUUCUUCAGAAUGGCAAUACUCCAGAUGAAGUUGCGAAGAUCACAGCUGAGGCGACCGGAAAGGUGACGCUCGGAGGCCAGGAGGGCGGCGAGGGAGUGGCAGGAGGCUCAGGGGCAAGUUCGGGCCCUGGGUUAACUGCAGAUGCCAAACAGGAGCAGCAGAGCCCGAAGAAGGAGAAAACCCACGCCCUCCUCCACUACCUCCUCAACAAGGAUGACUCCAAAGAACAAGUAGAUGUGAAGCCCAAACUUGAAGAUUUAGAGGGGAAGGGUCUUUCGGGAGCUGUUGGUGGCCCUGCAGCUGAACAUGCUGAGAGCAAAAUCAAAUCAGAACCUCCUGAUGAUUUACACAACCUGGAGUCUAUUCUGGGUGAUCUCAGGGGUUCAAGCUCUGACUUUUACCCUGAUCCGAGUGGAAGUGCCAGGGCGAACAACACAGGAAACAAACCACAGGGUUGCCUUGAUGAUGGCCUGCAGGGGAGUCCACCAAUGGGUCCAGGACCUCGAGGACCCUUUCAGAGGCCCAUGUCCAUGGAUGGAAAGCCACCUGGGGGGCCUGGAGUAGCAGUUAGACGUCCAAUGCUUAUCAAGCAGGAGAACAUGAUGGGCAGCCCAGACGGCUUCCCAGGAAACUUGGGACCAAUGAAUAGAGUCACAGGUCCCCAGAGGUCUCCCAUGGGAGGUUCUGGGGACUGGAAGUCCCGUUCUAGUACCAGCCCCGUGAGUUCAGCCGGACAUCCGUCCAUGAUGCGCCCAGGCUUGGAGUACAACAACGGGAAGAGCGUGAUGUCAGGACCCAUGGUCAGCCGCUCCAACAGUGUGCCAGGCAACAGGUCGAUGCUGCAGCAACAGCUCAUGGAUAUGGGAGGUUCUUCUGAUAUGGGCAUGGGUAUGAGUCCCUUCAGCCAGCAGGGCCAGCCCAGCCGGUCCCCCUCCUGGCCUGAACCAAUGAUGAACACGGAAGGAAACAGGCGACAGUUUGGAAACCCCUUAGAUGAUCUUCUGGUUCCUCCCACCACCAGUGAGGGUCAGAGUGAUGAGAGGGCACUUCUGGACCAGCUGGAUUCACUGCUAAAUAACACAGACGGCAUCGCUCUGGAGGAGAUAGACCGAGCUCUUGGUAUCCCAGACCUUGUCAGCCAGACCCAGGGAGCAGAGCAGCAGCUGGAGCAUUUUGCAGGCCAGGACCCAUCCAUGAUGCUUGACCAAAAGCCUCUGUAUGGAGGUGGCUAUCCCGGAACCCCUGGCCUGCCUAUGCAGUCCGGCUAUGGAGGAAACCCCAUGCAGGGGCAGGGCCAGCAGAGCGGGUUUGGGCCCAUGCUCUCGCCAAUGGGCCAAGGUGGUAGCUUCCCUGGAAUGGGUGGAAUGGGGGGCAUGGGGCAUCCCCGAACCAACAUGAUGCGACCGAGGAUGAUGAAUGCAAACAAACCAAUGAGGCUGCAGCUGCAGCAAAGGCUACAGGGACAGCAGUUCAUGAAUCAGGCACGGCAGGGCAUGGCAAUGAAGAUGGAGAGCCCAGGAGGAAACCCUGGCAUGAGGCCUGGCAUGCAGCCCGGCAUGGGAGGACAGCAGGGUUUCAUAAAUGCUCAGAUGAUGGUUCAGCGUAACCGAGACGUGGUUAACAUGCACAUGAGGAGGCAGCGCAUGAUGAUGAUGAUGCAACAGCAACAGCAGCAAGCAGCUGCAGCCGCCGCUGCUGCUGCGGGGGGUUUCAGUCCCCCUCCAAACGUGACGGCUCCUGGGGGCAUGGACAGCCCCAUGGGAGGACCAAACAUGGGUCAGCCAGGUCCCCAGCAGUUUGGCUAUGGUGGGAGCUAUGGCAUGGGCCACCAAGGUGACCCCUCUUUUGGCCCAGCAGGUGGAAGUCCUCCUAAUGCCAUGAUGCCGGGUCGCAUGGGGCCUCAAAACCCCAUGAUGCAACAGCACUCACAGGGGGGGCCCAUAUACCCGGGUACUGAUAUGAAAGGCUGGGCGCAGGGAGGCAUGGGACGCAACAGUUCAUACCCUCAGCAGCAGUUUGGGCCGCAGGCACCACUGAGUCAGCAGCAGUUUGGGCAGCAGGGAAAUCCAGGGCAGUAUGGAGGCAUGAUGAUGAAUGGGGCCAUGCCGGCCAGUGGAGGAGGAGGUCAUAUGGGACCGAUGGGUGGACAGAUGGGAAUGAACCCAAUGGUUAUGGGGAGGAUGCCUAUGGGGCCCGAUCAGAAAUACUGCUGAUGGACACGUCACAAGCUUUUGUGUCACUGUGAUCACCACCCAGAUUUGGCAGACAGCUGCUGCGCUGCAGUGUGUGUGGAAUUAAACCAGGCAUGUUAUGAUCCUCGGUGUAGCGCCACAUUCCCACCAGACGGGGGAGUGAACUUCCCUCUGGAAUGAUGGCCAGUAAUGUCAGUCUGGCAGCCGGAGGAAAAACAAGACAGACUGUCAGAUGAAAUACACAGCCUUCCUAAAAAUCUGACAAACUGUUUCUCCAUGAUGCGCAGAGAGACAGACAUGAAUUUGCUGUCCCUCCCUUUCUGAGCAGCCUGUGUUCCUCUGUAUAUCCUUUUAUUGGACCAAACGGUGAAGCUAUAUCACAUGGGUAAACGUAUUUAGACAACCUCUUCUUUUGUCGAAUGUACCAGGAAGUCAAUUCAGAUGUAAAAAUGUGGAUUCUGAUCUUUCCAUCUGCCAUCGCUCUGCUGCUCCUGGAGGAUCCCUGCAUACACAGCUCCAUCUAAUGAGCCGUCAGGUUGUGACGCUCACAUGAAUGUUAUUAAGUAGCACAUUGUCUCGUCAUCCAGGAUGCAGCUGAGUAGGACUGAACUAACCUGUUGGCUCGUUGCACUUUAAGGAAAAGCCAACAGCAAAUGGAUUGUGGCAAUUUAGAGGCCUUUAUUCAAGAAUUACUAAAUAGCAGCAAACAUUUUCAGUUUUUUUUCUAUUAAAAUUUUCUUUAAGUUCUCAAGAUACUAGAUUUAUAGUGGGGUAAACUUGCAGGCUUUGUUCCUCAGUGGGAACCAGAGAAAAAGGUUAUUCGUUUAUAAGACGUUUUUAAAAGCCUUUUAAAAGGGUCAUUUUCCUCAUGUUUUACAGAUUGAGGUUAUCUUUUUACCAUUUAGCAGUAGUUGUAACACAAAUUGAAACAUUCUGGUUAUCUUGCACAAAUUUCAACCACUUUAUGGUGAACAUGCCGGCUCCUGCAUAGGUCAAACGUGAUGUGGAUCCAUCCUCUGCUUCAUCCGGGAGGGUCAAUUUUACACUUGACCAGUACUGAUGGGUCAGCCAGUCAGAAGUUAACAUCUGAUCUUUUAUGCCAUCCGUAAAAACACCAUACAUUUUCAAGGGUUAAAAGUGCCACAAUUAAAUACAAGAAAAAGGUGCAAUGUAGACAUUUAAAUAUGUGAUGAUUUUAAAAAAAAUUUAGUAUACUUAAAAUGAAUUAAUUGAUCAUUAUUUUAAUUUUUCAGUAGUUCACAAAACACAUGGAUAAUUAAUCAUUAACAAAACAAUUGUAUUCAUUAUAUGUUAAAAUCAGGGGCGUGCAGAGACAACUAAAGGGCACAUAUGGCCAGAUUCUGGGGCGGAAUCUUAGCAAGAAUCUCACCCAGCUUUUACAGUUCAAUGUACUUUGAUGUACUUCCAAUAGUAAACAUGGAGACAUGUGCAAAAACAUGCGCCUUAAACCUUAACAUGGAACUGCAGACAAUUCAAUUUCCCUUUGGGAUUAACAAAGUAUUUUUGAAUUGAAUUGAAUUACCUUAGUGUUAUGUGUCACCAUGAGAAAACAUACAGCCUAUUGACACUGCUGACUGACAACCAAACGUUACGUUAAACCUCUUCUAUUUAUGUUUGAGUUUGUUUGAUUACUUAUGUACAUUUUCUUCUUUCCCUCAUAUUAUUUUCUGCUCAGUCUACUCUCUUUUUUUCCUCACUGUCUCAUCCUCCCUGUGUUGACUGUAGUUCAGUGGCUCUUGUUAUUUCUGCCUCCAUCUCAUCUGAUCACUUUCCUUCUAGAGGCAAGAAAUUAGCUAUAAAUUAAUCUACAUUUAACUGAAGUACAUCUUAACAUCAUUGAUAACUCUUAAACUGGUUGCUUGUAAAAUUCAACAUAAGUUCACAACCAAACAGGUGCAUGUUGACUAUAUAAAAUCUUAUUAUUUAUGUUCUUACCUGUGGUCCUCUUUCAGUCAUGACUUUGGCUGCUUCAAGCAGCCCUUUCCUGGUUUGUUUCAGACCUCUUCCUUUACAAGGAAUCUUUGAACCAAAACAAACCCGGUAUAAAUGACUGAUAAAACGGAGCAAAACGUGCCUGGUUAAAACACAUAUAUUUAUUUAACAGAUUCAUAGUCCUAUACUGAAGGACAUUGCAAAUUUAUUUUGUCUGCCAGAGGGAGUCAGCAGGGCCAACAAUGAAAUGUAUUACAGGAAAUAUUAUUACUGAAGUAAUUAUAUAUGAUUUUAACAUAUAAUAAAGUGUAGUUUUAGUUGAUGACUUACACAUUUAAUUAUUAACCUGUCAUUUUUUUUAAAUGACAGAAUUUGCACAAAUAUUGAGAUAUUUUUGUUUAUUUAAUGCAUAAAUUGCAGUUUUAUUUAAAUUAUCACAUAAAGGAAUAUUUGUUUGACAAAGUAUUUAUUUGUUGGAUUGUGGCCUUUGAUAAUACCUUCGGGAAUCUACAAACUCCACUGGGAAUUCACACAGAGUUUAAUGUUAGCAUUCACUGAUAUAAGACACUAAAAACAAUUUACGAGGUCGGCAAUGUAAAUAUUUUGUUUUUAUUUUGAAAUAUUAGUGAAACAAUUAUUAACUACAGAGCUGUGUAACACCAAAUGCUCUCUGUUUCAUAGUUUGACACCUCCUAUGGUCGUAAAUAACUAAUUAAUGAUUGAUCAAUACCAAAAGGCUGCUUAGGACUGCUUUGUAAUUAAAGUAAACCAAGGGAUGAUUUAACAAUCUAAUACAUACAAGUAAGUCACAACGUUUGUUUCAAAUAUUAGGUUGACACAGCUGUUACUUCUUUCAAAUAACUAAUAUAUGGGAAAAAAAUUAUAUUUUUAGUGUGUGAUAAAAACAAUUGUGAGCUAUAAUCUUUUAAAUGAGAAACUCCACAGUUUCUUUAGGUUGGGUUUUAUUUCUAGAUCCCUAUGUCCCUUAACUUUAAUGUAUUUUCAUAUCUUCAGAGAUGCAGAUAGAGACAGCUCUUAAUUUGUGGUCUGUUUUUUGAGGAAUUUUUUUAUUUUACUAAAAGCAUUUUAUACUGAAAAAAAUCUGAUUUGAUUGAAUUCAGUAUCUUCAAACUAAAGUUUUACAAAAUUGGUAAUUGGUGAUUGGCUACAAAUCUCUGACUGGUGCAUCUGUGGUUUUAUUGAAAAGGAGGCUCACAUCUUCCCAAUGCUUUAUUGAUUUCAUUUAAAGAUGUUGCACAAUAUACCCUGUGGUUGUUGCUAUUUACAAAGUUUCAAUAACUCAGUUGCAAAGUAUAGCUUUGAUGCAAUAUUUGGUUGAAAAUCAUAUUUCAAUGCCCAUCCAUAGACACCCUACAUGCUGGUAAUAUAUUGGGUCAAUCAGAUGGUCUCUGACCGCCUUUAAUUCUCACACCAGAUUUAUAUUUCUAGUGGCUGAGAUGCUAAAGUUCACAGAAAAUAAUGGGGAAAUUGUAACGAUGAAACAAAAAGAACAUGCAUUCCUAGCUUAGAGCUGCAAAUCCAGUCUAGUUCGUGUCCACAAAAAUCCAGUCAGUUUGCACACAUUGCUGCAAUGAAAUAAGCUAGUUAUCUUCACAGAAAUUAGAUCCCAUCACAUUGCAAGUGGUAGAUGAUCGUAUUGGCCUGCAAAUAUCGCACAAUAAUCCUUCCUCCUGGUUUCCCUCUGAGGACAAAGCUGAGUCAUUGUGCACCCAAAGAUUGGUACUCCAGUAUUAAACUAGAUGUCUUGUUUAGAACAUUUUACAUUCUUUUGUCUGUAAAAAGGAUUUGUAAAUAUGCUUCAAAUGUACUAUAUAUAAAUAUAUUUAUGCUUUUCUAGCUCACAUACUGUUUUUGCACAGAUUGUAAGGCUUAAUAUUUAAAGGUGUAAUUUUCUUAUUCUGUCAUAGGUCGGCUCUUCUUUUCAAUACAUUCAUUGAAAAGAAAGCACCUGUUUUUUGGGGAUGCAGUACGUGUAUAUUUCUUCAAUAUACUGCCAUUUUCCCGCCGUCUGAAAGCACUUUUUUUAUUUCUAAUCCUUAAAUCCUGAACCUCUUCCUAUUUUCCUAGAAUGUAGUCAGAAGCAUACAGGUGCUAGUGGGUUGUUACACUUUUUAAAAUAAGUUAUUUUUCUUUAAAAAAUAAAUUAUUGUAAAAAUAAAUCCUAAAAUAUGCCUACCCAGAAGAAGAAGCGACACAUAAUUGUGUUGUUUUCUAUGGGCCCAGUCCUCUUGCCAGUAUGAGGGUGGUUUUGAUAUCUUCUGAACUUGACCUUUAGCUUCAGUUUGCAGCUCUAGCUUCUCUCCUGAGGCCCAAGUGCUUUGAACCUUGGCCAUGUAGUCAGUCGUUCAGACCUGUCUUGUAGUUGUACUUCAGAUUACGGCCACCGAAGGAGGAAUUUUAAUCAUAAUCGUAUCCAUUGGUCAUUUUUGUUUUGUUUUUCAUUUAAGUUUCUCUUGUGUUUCCUCUGGAGCUUUUUGUUGCGUACUCUACCUUUGAACACAUGUUCAAUCCAAAGAUAUCUGUUUGUCAUCCUGCAGUGCAUAAAAACAGCUCCGCUGAUUGUGUAAGUACUCGUGUGCUUUUUACUGUUGCACACAACCUAUAAUGUAAGUGGAGCAAAAGUUGGGUUUCCGUAUAAAAUACUCUCAUCUGUCUGAAAUAGAGUAGCGUAGACAAUAAUAGAGUUGUCUGGUUCUGCUUAGGUGGUUCAAAUCUUGGUUUUCUUUCUGUGGACCUUACGGACAGUUGAUUUUUCUAUGUGGUGCUCACAUUUUAUCAAGAAUGUUGUUUUAAGCUAGAGAGGAGGUUUUAUUCUUGAUCGAUGUUAUUUUUAUGUCUCUUAACAACAGACUGGAGCUGUUUUCUAACGCCCCCCUGUCUCUUUGAGGAAUAUAAAUAUUGAAAACAGGAAAUGUUACUCUUCUUUUGACGUUGCAGGAGCUCAUGAAAACCGACCACGUAUCUGGAAAACACACGGUCAUGAUCACAGGAUAUAAAAUACUGUUGGGUUUUUUUCUUACCUUGUUUCUUGAUGUUAAUAUUGAUGUAAAUACAAAUUUAUAUUUAAACAUUA